GGUGAUAUGACAGACUGGAGUCAUCCAUUAUUUCUCAUCUACCACGACCCAUGUCGACUGAAGCCUGGUCUUGAUAAACACUGGACAGUAGGGACACUCAUGCGCUCUCAACGGCUACACGAUCAAGAAGUGGCUACUCCAGAAAAUCUUCAGAAGGUUCUGGAGAAUAGUCAGAAACGGAGUACAUACGUAGAGGACGUGAAGGUAUGGGAAGGAACGGAAGGACAGCUUCCUUGGAGCACCUUCGAUUUAAGGAAUUACCAAGGCAACGGAAAGAGGAGGGUUGAUUAUGUCCUAUGCAGUAACUACAACACUCACAUGAUGCAGGAAUAUGAGGACUAUGCCUUUGUGACCCAGCUGGCCACCUUGACCGAUCACAUCCCAAUCAGUAUGACCCUCUCCACCUCGCUGGGACCUUCCUGUGUCAAAGGCUGGCCUUCCGGUACCUAUAACCACUCCGGUCAGGACGAAACGGAUCGCCCAGCACGGCGAUGUCGACUGCAGUACGAAACCACCGUAUGACGACGGUCAUCGUUAUCGACAUCGAUGGUGCAUUCGUAGAUUGAGAUUUUGUUUUCUACUGAUGAUAAUCGUGUUUUAUACGGUAGAUAAUAAUUAUUAUAGCCCAAUUCUAUUUAUCGAUCCAUCACAAUAAGAAAAUUCGAUGUAUUCUUUAUCGAACUUAUCAAGUCUGUUUUCUCAAAAAGUUUGUCAGGAAAAAUGAAAUUUAUAUUCUUAAAUGGUCGGUAGAAUGAAUGUGAAAACAAUUAGAGCAAACGAAAGCAUAAAUAUUUUGGAAAGGUUGUUGGGAAAAUUCAUCUUGAAUGGAUAAAGGCGUAAAACCGACGCACUAUGUUGCCUUUUUUUGAAAAGGAAUUCUUAUCUUAUAGCAUAAACUUUUUUCAAGUGUACCUUGAACGAAUUUGAUUGCAAAUGUCUGAGUUAGAAGAUGAAAUUAGAGGGAAAAUAUGAUUAUAAAGAUGGUAAUUACAAAAUGACAACAAAAGAAAAGAGAUUAUUAAGGGGAGGAAUGAUGGAGCUAACAGAAAUCCGAUGCUUGAUAGGAUGUUGAUAAUGAUGACGGAGAUGCUCUAUAUUUAUGCUGAUUGUUUUGGUGUGGUGGUGCUGCAUGGUGGUGGUGAUGGAGAUGAUGAUGAUGAUGAUAGUGAUGUUGACUUGGAAAAGGAGAUUCAGAGCAUUAGAAGAAGAAGAAGAAGAGAAAGAAGAAGAAGAAGAAGAGGAGAAAGAAGAAUAAGGAGAAGAAGAAGAAGUUUAAUAUAGGAGAAAGAAGAAGAAGGAGAAAAGAAGAAGAAGAAGAAGAAGAGAAAGAAGAAGAAGAAGUUGAAUAGGAGAAAGAAGAAGAAGGAGAAGAAGAGAAAGAAGAAGAAGAAAGAGAGAAAGGAAAGAAGAAAAAAGGGAAGCGAAAAAUACAAGAGACCGGGUUUAAAGGUCGUAUCUUCCAUUGCAUGGACAAAGAGAGUGAUAUGCAUUAGAGCGAGCAACAACAUCUUGCAACUGCAUUCAUGUUCAAUUUCAUGAUUUUAUAUAGGUUUAUCACUCACUCGAAGGAAAAGUCGGUUAAAUAUUUCACUUCUAUAUAUUUACUAAGAACACAAAAUGUAGAUAGAAAAUUUUUCAAGUCACCACCAUGCGCCCAGAACUAUUUUCAUUUUCUUUUCCAAUUUUACUUCAUAUCGUUUUAUUCAAAUUAUUGGAGAAGAAUCAUAACCUCCC